AUGUAUUUUGGAAUGGAGGCGACAGUAGAAUCCAUAAACGAUAGUGGGCCAAGUCAUAGAGGAAGAGGCCACGACAGCCCACCAGCGAAUGGCAUCGUUUAA